AUGGAACUGUGGAAGGGGCGAUACCCUGUCAUUUGUCACACUGCAAACGAUGGUCAUGCGCUUGUCUUGGCACUUUGUAGGACUUCCACUACCUGUGAGAGUUUUGAGCAAGUGACAAUUCUACGAGGACAAAGGAUUCUAUACUUUGACUUGUUGCAGCAUUUGGAGAGCAGACCUUUUGUACGCAUUCUGGCUACAGUGUCCAAUCCGUGUGGAUGCGAUCUGGUGGGGCUUGUUGUCAACCUGAAAACGAUGCAGGUUCUUCCAAUCGAAAUACUGAGUCAUGCGUCUGAGCCGUUCCACAUCGACGAUACUACGUCCCUACCAGCGACAGGACUGGACAAUCCGCUUUUGGCAGGUCAGGCUCUGGCAUACUGGGACAUUGCCAACCGCAAGCUCAUAGGGCAAUUCCACAUUCACGCGAUGCCCUUUUCAAUUGUCGACAACACCACAACCUUUGGCGCAUUCUACAAUCCUGGUGCCUGGGCACGCAUGGUGGUGAUCCCGAAGAGCAAUGCUCUUGUCGUAACCUUAAUUGAUUUGGAACAGCACUCGCUAUUUGUCACACAUUGCAAUAGUCUUUCAAGCGUCAAUUCGCCGUGUGGCCCACCACGAUUGGUCGACGCCCAUGCGUACAACGGAGACUUUACGGACUUCGGCGCCGGUGGGUUUCCAGAACUCCAGCUGGGAUGGAAUGGCUACCCGGUCUUGGUGUAUUUUGUCCAAUCUUCCCCCCAAAAGGGUUGCCUCCGGGUGAUGCAGUGUCUGGAUGUUUUGUGCGUGCAAUUCCGAGUCUUUGACGUCAGUUGUGGACUUGCCGGACAUGGCCGAGAUGCCUCUGUAACCUUUCCAAGUCGUGGUACUGCCACUGUGAGCUUUCUAGAUUUGCAGGGUCACGAUGAUGAUCCUUCCUUCAUGCAGGCCAGAGUGGCCGUCUUUGACGUGCAACAAAACCUGGAUAUGAAAUACAGCUCUUGA